AAGCAGCUAUGAAUGGUUGUAAAUCGCCUUGUUUCAUCGAUUCAUGUCUUUCAGAUACUUGGCAAUGUUUGGGCUUGGGCAGGGUAAAGUGAGAGAUCGAAUGGAGAAAUUCGUCGUUCUUCCUUUCUCCAUGGGCUGUGCUUCGCAAGCUAGUGUUGCUGUUGCUGAACCAAGGCCUAGAAGAUCAAAAGCAGACUUACAUUCCCCUUCAUUAAGAAUCCAGGAAGAAGAGGACGACGAUGAAAGCUUAUCUGGUGAGAGCAUGAAGAAUUCUUCAAGGUUUUUGGCACUUCCAAGAACUAACUUGUCCACUGGGGUUAACAGGCUAGUGAAAGGUUUCAAAAGUUUGUCGCAACUAUUCAUUUAUGAAGAUGAAAUGGCAGAGUUGGGGAUGAACAUGGAAAUCGGGUGUCCAACCGAUGUGAAGCACGUAACACACAUUGGGUGGGAUAACCUAGCUAAAACAGACCCACUUAUAGGGUGGGAUAACCUCAUCACAUCCGAGCUGCUGUCGUCUUCGUCGUCUCACAAUCACCCUGCAUCAUCUGCUGUUACCUUGAAGCAGUUUAAUAAUCUUGCAACUGCUCCUGAAAAAGACCGUCCAACCUUUGUUAGUAGUUUCAAUGCCUCCUCUUCAUUAGCUUAGUCUUGAAGAAUUAAUAUAAAUCUUUGCUUUUGAUCAUAUAUUAUAAAUAUAAUACUUUGUAUUAUAUAUAUUUCUUGCAAUCAAAGUUGGUUCUAUUUUGUGGGCAUAUAUUAUAUGAUAUGAUGUGGUUUGUAUUGUGCUA